AUGGAUAGAUGGCUAAAAAGUGGCAGCUGUAGCAGCCGCAGUGGUGACGCAGACGAAGGAAAUCAAACAGGUGCAAAGAAAAAGAAGACAGAUAUUCCUAAAUAUCGGCAGUACAAGGAAGAUUAUGUGCUUUUGGGAUUUACUGCAACGAAUUCUGAUCCUCCGGAAGCUUUGUGCUUCUUCUGUGGGGAGAGGCUGGCCAACAGUAGUAUGAAACCAGCUCACCUCCAGCGUCACCUGAAAACAAAACAUCAGUGUCAUGUUGGUAAACCGGUAGAGUUCUUCAAAAGAAAGCUCUCUGAUUUUCAGUGCUCCCAAAAAGUACUUCAGAAAGCCACGACAACUUCAGGCAAAGCUCUGAAAGCAUCUUUAGCUGUAUCUUUAUUAAUUGCUAAAGCCAAAAAGCCAUUCAGUAUUGCUGAAGAACUUAUUUUGCCAGCUGCAGGUAUGAUGGCUGAAAUAAUGGUGGAUAAAAAGACAGCUGACCAACUAAAAGCAAUUCCUUUGUCACACCAAACUGUCUCGCGCAGGGUAAGAGAAAUGAGUGCAGAUAUUCAAGAUCAAGUUGUGAAUAAGAUGAAAGCAAGCCAGUCAUUUGCACUCCAAGUUGACGAAUCAACUGACAUUAGUGGGCAGGCUCAUCUUGUCUCCUUUGUGAAGGGACUAGUGGCAAGGAUUAAGAAGGAAAAUCCUGAUGUGGAGUGGACUCACUGCAUCAUUCACAGAGAGUCAUUAGCUUCAAAGAAAAUGAGCCCACAGUUGCAUGGAACUCUGAAUGAUGCCAUCAAGGUAAUCAACUUCAUAAAGUCAAGGCCACUUAAUAGUCGUCUGUUUCACACACUUUGUGAAAGCAUGGGGUCAGAGCACACAGAGCUAUUACUUCACACGGAGGUGCGCUGGCUGUCGCGUGGGAGGAUACUCACCAGAUUGUUCGAGUUGCGAGAUGAGGUAGCUUCCUUCUUAUCAGAACAUGAGUCUCCUUUUGCCACAUAUUUUGAAAACACUACUUGGCUUGCACAACUGGCAUAUCUUGCAGAUAUAUUCAGCAAACUGAAUGAGUUAAAUUUGUCUCUGCAAGGUAAAGACACAAACAUUCUCAACCUAUAUGACAAAGUUGCUGGUUUUCAGAAGAAAAUUGAACUGUGGAAGAAAACAUGCUCAGGGGGAGAGUUUACGUGCUUUCCUCUGUCAGAUGCCUACUUUUCCAUUAACAAUUAUGAGAAAGGCACUCUGAAACCAGUCAUUGUGGAACAUUUGACCAGCCUUAUUAGUGCUUUUAAGUCUUACUUUCCUGACAUACAUGAACGAUCAGUACAACUGGACUGGAUUAGGAACCCAUUCCUCUUUUCUGAACACGAGAAGCUUCCUAUUUGUUUCCAGGAAACACUGAUAGAAGUGUGUGCAGACCGUGGCUUAAAACUGUUAUUUGAAAGCUCAAAUGUCACUCGCUUCUGGAGCUCUGUGAUGAAGGAGCACCCUGAUAUAGGAAAAAUGGCAUUAGAAAAACUUCUGCCAUUUGGGUCUACCUACCUUUGUGAGGCGUCUUUCUCCGCACUGAGCAUUAUCAAAUCGAAACAGAGAAACAAACUAAAUGUCAACCUGGAACAAAGCCUAAUCACUGCAGUAGCCUCAGUACCGCCAAGGAUGGAAAAAAUCAUCAGUGAACAUCAGCCUCACAUCUCGCAUUAA